AUGGAUGAAGACAAGGCUGAAGAUGACAUCCGGACCUACACAGAAAGAAACUGGCAUUGGUUCAACUCAAAGCCCUACUUCCACGUUUAUGUGCUCCUGGCCAUCUCUUACCUGCUGAUUCUCAUUUUCUUCGUCGUUGGACUUUCCAGAGUAACAUCACUUUCGUCAAAACUGAGUGAAGUUGACUCGGAGAUUCCAGAGCUACCUGCUGGACUCAACGAUCAAUUGUUCCCCUGCGGGCCUGACACCAGACAGUGGGAGUAUUUCAACGGGAAGUGUUACUACUUCUCCUUAGAAACCGCUCCUUGGAUCAGAGCCCACGCCCGAUGUGCGGAGAAGCAAUCCCAACUGGUCGUCAUCAACAGCAUGGCUGAACAGAAUUUCAUCCAGAUGCGGACCAGAAACGAGCGCUAUUGGAUCGGAUUGACGGACGUGGAUGCCGAAGGAGUGUGGAAAUGGGUGGAUGGUAGUGAUUACUACAGUGGCUUCUUGUUCUGGAAGCCAGGGGAGCCCAAUGACGACCGACAUAAUGAGGAUUGUGCGCAUGUGUGGAACAAUGGGGAAUGGAACGAUGUCUUCUGCACCUACCUCUGUUACUACAUCUGUGAGAAGCCUUUGCCAAGCAGAGUCAGAGCGCAUCACAGCGGGACCUAG